AGUGAAAUAACAAGAGAUAAUAUAACUUCUCCAUGGAGUAAGCUCAUUCACAACGAAUGAGACAAACCACAUAAUACUUGUGUCGUGUUUUUCCUUUUCGUGUUAACAUUUCUUUCAUGGUAUCAGAGAAAGUAUGCUAAAACGGAGUUUGCAUCAUGGCAAGUGGCGGAACUGGCGAUGUUGGAGCGAUGGUUAAUAGUAGUACCAGCGACGGCGAAAAUCCUCCUCCACCUGCGAUACCUACUGCGGUCAAGAUUCAAGCAUCGGAUAAUCCUGGUCAAUUGUUCGUGGGCGAACUUUUGAACAUUCCAAUUAUGGGGAGUGGGUCACCGACAUGACUGAGACCCUGAUUGCAAAGAAUAAGCUAGGUAUCGUUGAUGGUACCAUCGUCAAGCCGGAAACAUCAGCUGAUCUGCGCGAAGCUUGGCUCCAAUGCGAUGCUCUUGUCAAGGAAUGGCUGAAAACAACCAUGGAUAAAGAGGUCAGAAGUGCUAUACGUUACGCAAAGACGUCACGGGAGAUGUGGGUGGAUCUUGAAACGCGUUUUGGCAAGGGAUUCGCGCCACGAGCCUAUGAGUUACGAAAAAUAAUGAGCACAUUGCGGCAAGAGAAGCUUUAUGUUUCCACUUUUUACACCAAGCUAAGGGCGAUCUGGGAGGAGAUGCAGACUAUCACUCCAAUUUCGCGUUGUAUAUGUGGUCUAUGCACAUGUGGAGUUGAGAAGAAGGUGGUAAGCAAUCUCGAGAAUGACAAAUUAUUUGAUUUUCUCAUGGGACUUGUUGAUGCUUUCGCAAAUGUGAAAACACAUAUUUUAUCCAUGAAACUUACGCCACCACUUGUUGAGGCGUACAUGCUAGUUGCGACGGAGGAACAACACAAACAAAUUACGGCAAGUCGACGUCCGCAAGUGGAUGCGGCCGCGUUUCAAGACACCCAUGAUCAUCUGGCCAUGGAAUUAAAUAGAAGAGAUGAGAAAGUGCUCUCACUAUCAGAACGGAAGGAGAUUCCUCGGUGCUCUCACUGUCAGAAGAAAGGGCACACGCGAGAGAGUUGCUACAAACUGAUUGGAUGGUCGGAGCACAUGACACGUCCGAAAGAGAAGGAGCGCACAGAUCAGGAGAAGUCUUGACCUAGCAAGUCUCGUGCGGCGCGGUCUUUCAUUGGGGCGGGAGUUUCUGUCAGUGGGUUGAGCUCUGAGCAAGUUCAGCAGCUCCUGACCUUCCUUAAUCAAACGAGUGGACAACAACAUCAUGCUUUCUCAUUCGAGCCUCAGGUCCAUAUGGCAUGUAACUUCUUAGGCGCGUCAGAAUGGAUCAUUGAUUAGGGAUGCAAUGAGUAUAUAAUGAAUGAUGAGUCCGUGU